AUGAAUCAUGUAGCCCCAGUGGAGAUCUGCUACGAUAACAUGCGUUUUCUGAUAACUCACAACCCCACCAAUGAGACGAUGAAAAAGUUCACAGAGGAACUUAAGAACUACGGAGUGACAACCUUAGUCAGAGUUUGCGAUGCCACUUAUGAUAAAACUCUAGUUGAAGACAGUGGCAUCCGUGUUCUAGACCUGCCUUACAACGACGGAGCCCCGCCCCCUGAUGAGAUAGUGGAUAACUGGCUAGGCCUGCUUAAAAACAAAUUCCGAGAGGAGCCUGGUUCCUGUGUGGCAGUUCACUGUAUGGCUGGGCUAGGAAGGGCACCUGUGCUGGUGGCACUUGCUUUGAUCGAAUGUGGAAUGAAGAAUGAAGACGCAGUUCACUUUAUCCGGCAGAAACGAAGGGGAGCUUUCAACACCAAACAGCUGCUUUUUUUGGAGCACUACCGGCCCAAGAUGAGGCCCCGGUCACGGUCGCGCUUCAGGGAUUCCACCGUACACUGCUGCAUCCAGUAG